AUGCAAGCAUUGUCAAGUAUUGUGCAGGCUUUUGAAAACAGUUUGAAGUAUCAAGAUGGUCAUGCACUCUCUGUCGCAUUCACUCAAUUGUCCAUGCUUUCAAAAGAGAGUCUUUUACAGGCAGUAUCCCAUUUUGGUUUCGUUGAUGGUAUUUUUAGCAGAUUGCAUUCGCCAUUCAAAGACUUUUUUAGCAUCUAUGUUAGAUAUAUGACUGAAUCUCAUAUUCAAAGACCUCUCCAGCUCGACGAUGUAUUCAAGCAAGUCAAUCUUUAUUUUAUACACUUGUCUAUAUACGGCCAGCUCAAGGCUAACGGAAAAACUCCGGUUCAAUGUGGGCUGGUUCAAACUGCAUUGAACGACUUUAUUCGAGAAUGUCUACGAAGAGUUCAGCCAGGAACCGAGAGUGGUUUAUUAGCGGCUGCUAAUGCUGUUUUGCGCAUGUCAUUUGAAAGUGGAGAACUGCAUGUUUGUACAACAGUAAUUGCACAGAUCGAAAUGCAUGUCGGUCGAACUUUCAAUUAUACAGAUUUCUCAAAGGCAGAUCAGGUUGCAUAUUACUUUCAACUAGGCAAGCUGAAGCUGCGCUAUCAUGAUUUUGUUACGGCAGAUCAGUAUCUUUCAUUAUCAUCUCAGUUGUGCACAAUAGAAAACCCGCACGUUAAAAGAACUAUUUUGUCUUAUCAGAUCGUGACAAGGGUUGUACGCGGAUGUUUACCUUCCAACGAAUUACUGUACAAAUAUCGACUUGCAGAGCGGUUUAUCGAAUUGAUUUUUUAUGUAAAAACAGGAAACUAUCAUGAAUAUAUCAAGGUUUUGGAUCGACAUCGCAGUUGGUUUAUGAAGCGAUGUCUAUACAUGAUCAUGAAGGAACGUGUCGUAUUACUAAUGUAUCGCAAUCUCUUUCAAUCUAGUGUAAAAUAUUUCCAGCAAGCAUACCGAGAUGUGUUUAACAUUCCAUUAGCCAUCUUUAUUGCAGCAGUUCAGGUCAGUGGACUAUCAGGAGAAAAUGCACAGGCGGAUGAGGUGGAAUGUGUUUUGGUUUCAUUGAUAGACCAGACCAUCGGACACUAA